AUGGGGAAGAAGGAGAAGGUAUGGGUGGAGGUUUGGGUGAUCUCUGGUCGAGGCCUGCGGCGAUGUUCAUCAUCUCUGUGGAAGCUCCAAUGGUACGCCGUGGGAUGGAUUCAUCCCGACCACAAGUACUGCACCAAGAUCGACGCCUCAGGAACAUCCAACCCCCUUUGGAAGACUGGGUUUUCGACGGCGCUUGAAUUGGAUGAUCCACACUUGGUUCUUCACGUUGAGGUCUACAGCCGCGACCCCAUCUUUCUUCGAGACUCACUCUUCGGCUCCGUAACUGUUCCUUUCAAAGAAUUUCUGGACAAAUAUAGCCCCGAUUCUCCGGUUUAUGAGGUCGGCAGCUUCCAGUUGAGGAAAACCAACUCCAACAAAUCUCUCGGAUUUGUCGAUGUCUCUAUUCGGAUCUCGCAACACAGACAAGAAGAUGAACACCCUGCUUCCUCAUAUCUAGGCGGUGAUGAGGGGUUCAACUUGGACAAUCUUAGUGGCGCACCUAAUUUGGACAAAGGCAAAUCCCACCAAACAGAAACCAACCAUCAGACUGCAGCCAGCACCAGCAGCAGUUACCAGCCACCACCACUGCCGCCGCCUCCAUCUAAUGUGGGAUACAUUCCCAACUUCUUCCCCGUCACAAGUAACUACGUGAACAUGCCAACUGUGACAGGGCGUGGGGUCGGAAUGGGACUAGGGGCUGGAGCAUUGGCCGCGGGUGCAGUCAUCUUUGGAGAUGAUUCCAUGCCAACUUAUCCUCCUUUCUAGAAUUUCAUACUUAUUGAAAAUGUUUCUAUGUAAAUCUGAUAUGAUACAAAACUAAUGAAUUUUGAGUUGAUCAA